AUGGCUGAAAGUGAAUCCCCCGCUAUUGUUAUUGAUAACGGUUCCGGUAUGUGCAAGGCUGGUAUUGCUGGUGACGAUGCUCCCAGAGCCGCCUUCCCCUCCAUUGUCGGUAGACCCAAAAUGCCUGGUAUCAUGGUCGGUAUGGAUCAAAAGGAAUGCUACGUUGGUGAAGAAGCCCAAGCCAAGAGAGGUGUUUUGAAUUUGAAAUAUCCCAUUGAACACGGUAUUGUCACCGAUUACGAUGAUAUGGAAAAGAUCUGGCAUCACUGCUUCUACAAUGAACUCAGAGUUACCCCUGAAGAACACCCCUGCUUACUUACUGAAGCUCCCCAAAACCCCAAGUUGAACAGAGAAAAGAUGACCAAGACCAUGUUCGAAACUUUCAACGUUCCCUCCUUCUACGUUGCCAUCCAAGCCGUUCUUUCCCUCUACGCUUCCGGUAGAACCACUGGUAUCGUCGUUGACUCUGGUGAUGGUGUUACCCACACUGUUCCCAUCUAUGAAGGUUACGCUCUUCCUCACGCCAUCUUGAGAAUCGAUUUGGCUGGUAGAGACUUAACUGAAUACUGCAUGAAGCUCCUCUACGAAAUUGGUUUGAACUUCUCUUCCACUGCCGAAAGAGAAAUCAUCAGAGAUAUCAAGGAAAAGCUCUGCUACGUCGCUAUCGACUACGAAGCUGAAUUAAAGGCUUACAAGGAAUCCUCCUAAAACGAUAAAUCUUACGAAUUACCCGAUGGUAACACCAUUACCGUCCAAGACUAGAGAUUCAGAUGCCCUGAACUCCUCUUCAAGCCUGCCUUCAUCGGUAAGGAAUUCCCUGGUAUCCACGAACUUACCUUCAACUCUAUCAUGAAGUGUGAUGUCGAUGUCAGAAAGGAUCUUUACAACAACAUCGUCCUCUCUGGUGGUACCACUAUGUUCCCUGGUAUUGCUGAAAGACUUUCUAAGGAAGUUAGCGCUCUUGCUCCUUCUUCCAUGAAGAUUAAGGUUGUUGCUCCUCCUGAGAGAAGAUACUCUGUCUGGAUUGGUGGUUCCAUUCUUUCCUCUCUUUCUACCUUCCAAACUAUGUGGAUUACUAAGGCUGAAUAUGAUGAAUCUGGUCCUUCCAUCGUCCACAGAAAGUGCUUCUGA